AUGAUUGAUCAAAAUGUGAGGAACCAGAUAGCGCCUCGUGGAUGUGGUAGAGGCCAUAGGAGAGGUCGUACUGUUGCUCGUAGACCGGAGAUCAACCCUAACGACCUGGUGAACUUUAUGACUGUGUUGGAGAACAUGGCUGCUGCUAUGCAGGCCACUACUGAAGCUCUUGGGCUAUGGAGCAAGCAUUGCAAGCACAGGUGGUACCUGAAGAGCAGCGUGUCGAGUUUCCUACCUAUUUCCUCACUGGGGAAGCAUCGCAAUGGUGGCAAUGAGUCUGACGUCUCCUAUAGCAAGGUGAUGACUAUAUCACCUGGGAUGUUCGAGAGGAGUUCUAUAAGAAGUACUUUCCAACUUCUGCCAGGACGGCCAAGAAACUUGAGUUACUGCAGAAGAAGAGAUCAAGAAUCACAUGAAAUAAAAAUGGCCACAAAACAAUCAACAACUACUACUUUGGUUCAUGUGAAUGAAGACUACAUUGACAUGGAAUUAGUCACUUCUUGUUCUUCAAACUUGUGUCCACCACAAAAAAGCUACAGCAGAGAAUUUGAAUUCCAAAUGACUCCAUUGUCAUCAAAUGAGAAAGAUUCAACAGCUUCUGUUGCUGAUGAACUCUUCUACAAUGGAAAACUACUCCCUCUUCAUAAUGUGAAGUCAUUUUCAUCUUUGGAAGAUUCCAACUUUCCCAUCAUCACCAACACCAACACCAACAACAACCACCUUUUCGAUGAUUCAUUCAGUAACAUUAUUUCACCUUCAGAAUCAUGCAGAUUAAGCAGUGAUUUUGCUGUAACCCCAGAUGAAUACUUGUUUGAAUGGUCUAAUUGUUCUUCUCAAAUCAACAACAAUAGCAAUGUUCUUCUUCCAAAUAAUAAGAAAUCUUCUUCUUCUUCAUGGUCAAAGAAGCUGAAGCAGAUUAAUGUGGGUCAAAGGAUCAAGAACUCAAGGUCUUACAUUAGAUCCUUGUUCUUCACCAAAGCAACAUCUGGUUCUUCAAGAUGCAAAGAGUGUCAGGAUUUGAAGAUGAAGAACAAGAAGAACAACCACCAAUUUGGGAUGAACAUUCUUGAAGAUGAUGAGUUUAGUAGCAUCCAUGGUAGAAGAUCUUUUUCUGGGGUGGUUCAGCGGCAUUGUGGUCCAUCAAAGUCUUCAUCUUUAUCAACAUCUUCAUCUGGGUCAAGUUCAUGUUCUUCAUCUUUCUCAUUCAGUUCUUCAUCAGGGUAUAACAAUAAUGAUUUGCAAUUUUUCAAAAGGAACAUCAUCAAUGCUGCAAAUAAUUGUGAAAUUGAAGGUUCAAUUGAAGGUGCCAUUGCACAUUGCAAGAAGUCUCACCAGAAAUUUGCUUCCCCAAAAGUUGCAAUUUGUGGGAAACAAGAAAAUGAAGAAUUACUACCUACCAUUCCUAGAAGAGAGGUUAAUUAAUUAACCAUCACACUUAUAAAAGUAGAGAUCUUCGGAAUGUUUAGACGUUAUGUCUUGAAUUCAAUUUUUAGAAGCCAUGUGUAUGCAGCAGAUUUUAUAACCACUCUGUAAUGGAAUUUUUUUAAAAUAAAUUAUUUUAUUUAGCAAAA